AUGGCGGGACAAGGCACGCCGCAUCUCAUUGUCCGGCAGGUCGUGCUAGACCUCAACCGUCCCCUCGCCGAGGUCGAUCAAGUCUUCUACAACUCCGAAGGCUACGUUGGUCUCAGGUUGAUCCAACCGGCGACCGGUCAGGACAACGGACCUGCUCGCCGUGACUUGGUCUACACAUUCAGCACUGCCGCCGAUGCGAUGACUGCACUGCUCAACCACCCUAUGAUCACAAUCGGAGAGUCCCAGUACCGCCCUGAACACUAUGACGGCGAUUCUGCAGAGUCCCGAACCGACACUGAACGGGCUCCACAGACGCCUUAUCCAGAUGCAGACAUCUCUCCGCCACGCAAACGCCUGAAGAAAGAACAACCUCCCGCCGACAAGAAAAUCACCUGCAGAAUCUGCUUCAGCCAUCUAGAGGGCCUCUACUCCACACCGUGCCGGCGCUGCAAGGGACCCGAAUGCUACGAUUGUGUUGCAACCCGCUUCAAAACUGCCGUCAAGGACAUCAACCGAAUGCCUGUUACAUGCUGUGGCUCGGUCAUGCACCACGACGUGGCGAGAGGAAUUCUGUCACCAGCAGAGAUCGAGGAGUACAAGCAAAAGUACGACGAACGCAUGAACACGGUAGAUCCCCUCUACUGCCCUGUUCCUACCUGCUCAGCCUUUCUCCCUCCUCGGAUGUUCAACCAAAACGAGACCAAGGUCUCAUGUCACGUCUGCAACACCGUUGUCUGUACGAAGUGCAAGCUGUACGCGCGAGACGGGCAUACCUGCGACGUGGAAGAUCCCAGAAAAUUCAUCCUGGAGACCUUCCACUACAAGCUCUGCCCGCGAUGUGGUACUGGUGUCAUGAAGAUGUAUGGAUGCCCUCAUGUGAGAUGUCAGUGCGGUGCCCACUGGUGCUGGGACUGUCAGCGACCCAUGAAUGCUUGCUACCAGAAGCCUUGCCGUGCUGCAAGAAAUGAAGGGAAUUAUUCUGAUGGAGUUGGUGAGGAAUUCGAGUCAGAUGAGGAGAUCCCGGCGACCACGGCUGUGACAGCGGCUCCGGUGGCGACGGAACCGGCAGCGAAUAUCCAGGCCUCUCACUCAGAAGUUGAACGUGAAGUCGCAGAUGCUCUCCACACUCUCCGAACCGGACAGGGACUAGGCUCCAGUGGCACAGCACACAGCAUCGACCCUGGCAACGGUCCGGGACCUUCUACAGCGCCAGUCAUACCCUCCAUACAUGAGUCGGGGAUGAACGAGCCGGGACGAACGCUGACAAGAAGCGACACGCAGAUGCCACCGAGUGACUUGGAAGCACUCAUCACCGGUCAGUCUGAGCCACUAACCGUAUCGCGCCCGGAGACAUCAAACGACCAACGCGAUGAUGGUGGUGCAACUCAGGAAGCUGCUGCAACGCAACAACUCGAUAUUCUCCCUCCAUCCCUGCCAGCUAGUGCUGGACCUGUGUCUGAAACUACUAGUACCGUCCCUACUGCAGCUGCUACUGAGCAAACUCAACGUGUCGAGAAUCUAGACGACCCUGACGAAUUUGACUGGGAGGGCAGGGACCUGGAUUUCGGAGACGAGCCCUUGGAUGAGUCGACUGAUACAUGGGGAUGCCGGCACCAUUUCUACGACUUUGACAAGAACCGGAUCCCUGAAUUUUGGCUGGUUGGCGUACGUCCUGCAACCGAUCCUAGCUUGGAAAUCGAAUGCAUGGGUUGCUUCAAAAAGACAAAAGUGUGGGAUGACGAUGCCGAGCUGGAGGCUUUCCGCCUGAAAUUCUGCACCACCGACGUGGCACAGCUCGAGAAGGAGGCAUUGAAGCAGAAGUUGGAAAAGUGGAAGACUCCGGACGCAGACGAUGAAGGUGACAAUGCAGAAGCCAGGCUGAAGAAAUUAAAAGAGGGCAGUACUGGUCUGAAAUCGCAGCGCGCCGUCGAAUGUCGGCAUGGCUGUGGAGUGGUGUAUUGUCAGCCGUGCAAGAAGGAAGCGAGGAGAAGAAUCCGGAAGGAACGCCUGGCUGAUACGUGA